CAAGAACGAGAAAACGCCGAAUAGUGUAGAGUGCAGUGUGUCAAUUCACAUAUCGAGAAGCGCUGUGCGAGGAACCGGGCAAGACCUAACAAUUCAACUCACUUUUGACAAAUCUCUUCGGAUUUCUCUAGAAACGCAAGGAUACAUUUGGACAAAAAGGGACUCUCUGCUGUAUCACUGCAACAUGACUCUGGAAGACGAUUGGUUGGGCCGCUUCUAGUCCUGCCAGUGUGCCUGUUUCCUCAUGUCUGAAGAUUCCGAGCCAAAGGGGUACUUGUACUCAGCCCUCGAAGGGCAGGAUGGGGGAAGCCACCACCCGUUUGGGGAGGGGAGCACGGCGGGCCGUGGCUCCAUGGGACAACUGCACCUGAUGAGCGGCUUUGCUGAGGGACGGGGCCGUGGGCGGGCCGGGUCAGAGCUGGGCCUCGCAUCUGAGGGCAGCGACAGCAGCAGCCAAGACCGCAGCGCCUCGCCCCAUGGCGACAGGAAGCGAACACGCUCGCUGCAUGAGGACGUGGAGAUGAAGAGCAGUGGCUCCAGCGGAAGCGGCACCGAGUCCCACGGCAACGAAUCCCACGGCAACGAGUCCCACGGCAACGAGUCCCAUGGCAACGAGUCUCAUGGAAACGAGUCUCUGGGCAGCUCAAACGGCAACAGCAAAGACUCUGCCCUGCUAGAGUCAUCUGGGAGCAAUAAAAGCUCCAACUCCCACAGUCCUUCACCCCCAAGCAGCUCCAAUGCCUUCAGCCUUUUGAGUGCCAGCUCUGAGCAGGACAACCCAUCCACCAGUGGUUGCAGUAGCGAAGAGUCCGCUAAGGCCAAGACACAAAAGGAGCUGAUCAAAACGUUGAAGGAGCUGAAGCUCCACCUGCCCUCGGAGAAGAGGAACAAGCGCAGCACAUCCAGUACCCUCAACACGCUCAAGUAUGCCCUGCACUGCGUCAAGCAGGUCAAAGCCAAUGAGGAGUACUACCAGAUGCUGAUGAUCAAUGACAGCCACCCAUUGGGUUUGGAUGUUUCCUCUUACACCAUUGAGGAGAUCGACAGCAUCACCUCCGAGUACACCCUCAAAAACACGGACAUCUUUGCCGUCACCGUGUCCCUCAUAACGGGAAAGAUCGUUUACAUCUCAGACCAGGCGGCCUCCAUCCUCAACUGCAAGCGGGACGUGUUCAAGAAUAGCAAGUUCGUGGAGUUCCUGAGUCCCCAGGAUGUCAGCGUCUUCUAUAGCUUCACCACGCCCUACCGCCUUCCCUCCUGGAGCGUGUGUACUGGAGCAGAGUCUUCCCCCUCUGAUUGCCUGCAGGAGAAGUCCUUCUUCUGCCGGAUCAGCGGAGGUCGGGAGCACGAGGGGGACCUGCAGUACUUCCCCUUUCGCAUGACACCAUACCUGAUGAAGGUGCAGGACAUGGAGCGUGCUGAGGACCAGUUCUGUUGUCUGCUGCUGGCCGAGAGGGUGCACUCUGGAUACGAAGCUCCGAGAAUUCCCACAGACAAGCGGAUUUUCACCACUACGCACUCGACGAACUGUGUCUUCCAGGACGUGGAUGAAAGGGCUGUCCCUCUGCUGGGGUACCUGCCACAGGACCUCAUUGGGACACCAGUUCUCCUGCACCUGCACCCCAGUGACAGGCCCAUCAUGCUGGGUGUCCACAGGAAGAUCCUCCAGUUAGGCGGCCAGCCCUUUGACCACUCCUCCAUCCGGUUCUGCGCCCGCAAUGGAGAAUAUGUCACCCUGGACACCAGCUGGUCCAGCUUCGUCAACCCCUGGAGUCGCAAGGUGUCCUUCAUCAUCGGGCGACACAAAGUCCGCAUGGGUCCUGUGAACGAGGACGUGUUCACACCGCCACCCUUUGCCGAGGGGAAGACCAUGGACCCGGACAUCCUGGAGAUCACCGAGCACAUUCACAGGCUCCUGCUGCAGCCCAUCCAUAGCUGCAGCUCAGGAUCCUACGGUGAACACCUGCUGAACGUGGAGAGAGUUUCUGGGGAGAGCAGCAGCAGGGGCAGGCCGGAGGAGGUCGAGGCUGAGCAGGCCAAGCCACGCACGUUUCAGGAGAUCUGCAAGGACAUCCACUCGCAGAAGAACCCGCAGCAGCAGAUUGUCACGUCCAUCUCGGCCAAGGUCGAAGCAAAGAGAAGCCCUGGUGCAGGAACCCAGCAGAAGAGCCCAGCGGUGAGGUCUAAAGCAGGGACUCUGAGCUGGAAGGAGGACUUGGUCGGGCUGGAGGACCGUCCCCCAAGGCUAGACGAGCUGUCCUAUAAGGACCAGACCAUCUAUUCCUACCAGCAGCUCAGCUGCCUGGACAGCGUUAUCAGGUACCUGGAUAGUUGCAACAUCCCUGUCACAGUGAAACGGAAAUGCCAGUCGUCCUCCAAUACCACCUCGUCCAACUCUGAUGAGGACAGGCAAAAACUGCCCAGCAAUCCCCUACCUGGGUCCAAAGAUGUUGCACUUAUAGAGGCAGAUGGCCAGCUAUCCACCAUCAAGGAGCCGAAGAAGGCAGACAGCGGGGCGGUAGUGGGAUCCUCACUGGCGCCACUGGCGCUGCCCAGUAAGCCGGAGAGUGUGGUGUCCAUCACCAGCCAGUGCAGCUACAGCAGCACCAUCGUCCAUGUGGGUGAUAAGAAGCCCCAGCCUGACUCAGAGAUCAUCGAGGAUGUGACUGGCUCGGGGGAGGCCACAGAGGGCCUCGCCUCUGUACCACCCCCCAAUGCAGUAUCAUCCCCAAGCCAGGAGAGGGAGCCGUACAAAAAGCUGGGCUUGACUAAACAGGUCCUUGCAGCGCACACUCAAAAAGAAGAGCAGACCUUCCUGUGCCGCAUCCGCGAGCUACGUGGCGUCAGGUCCUUCCAGGCGGACUGCUCCCGCUACCUGGACCGGCAACGCUGCGCAAACGGAGGCCCCGCCCCUGUAGUGAAGAAGCAGGGUGUGGCUGACACAGAGGCCACGCCCAGGGCAGGGGGGGCGGCCGUGCCCAGGAAGGGCGGCCGCAACAAGAAGACCAAAUGGAAGAGGGCUAAGAAGCAGGAGUCGUCGGACAGUACGGCGUCCCACGGACAGCAGCCCCCCCGCGCCCCCCUGGCCAGCCUGCAACAGACGUCCUGGUCCACGUCCGACACGUCGCAGUCGACCUUCCCCAUGGCCUACCCUGCCGUCAUGCCCGCCUACCCCCUGCAGCUGUUCUCGGGGCCCAGGGCGGACCCGGCUGUGUCCGGCUUGGGGGAGAGCCAGUGCAGUCAGGACCCUCGCUGCCCUGUCCCCCCCUCACCCUACACUGCCCCAAUGGUCACACCAGUGGUGGCCUUAGUGCUGCCCAAUUACGUAUUCCCUCAGAUAGGGGGCGCUCUGCGCCAGCCCUUCUACUCCGAGGCAGCCUCCUUUCCACUCCAGGCCACAUUCCCUCCGCAGCCGCAGUUCCCUCCCCAGGCGGCGUUCCCAGCCCCGCCCACCUUCCCUCCACAGCCGCAGUUUCCUCCCCAGGCGGCGUUCCCAGCCCCACCCACCUUCCCUCCGCAGCCGCAGUUCCAUCCCCAGGCGGCGUUCCCAGCCCCGCCCACCUUCCCUCCACAGCCGCAGUUCCCUCCCCAGGCGGCGUUCCCAGCCCCGCCCACCUUCCCUCCGCAGCCACAGUUUCCUCCCCAGGGGACAUUCCCGGCCCCAGCAUUCCAAUAUGGGGCCCCAGCUGAGUCGCCCAAGGCCCCAGUGGCAGGGCCCCGCGAUGCUGCGUCCCGCUCCUCCACGCCCCAGUCGACGCGAGACCAGGCCUCGCCGCCCCUCUUCCAGUCCCGCUGCAGCUCGCCACUGCAACUCAACCUGCUGCAGCUGGAGGAAAGCCAGCGUUCACUGGAGCACCAGGAGGGAGCUGCACCCUCUGGUGGAACGCAGGGGAACAACGUGGCUGAGAGGGGAAGCAGUUCUCCCAAGGCCGACAAGGAGCUCCAGCCGAUGAGCCCCACAUGUGAGGGUCACCUCAGCGAUGGGCACUCCUCCUCCAGCGACCUGUUGGACAUCCUGCUGCAGGAGGACUCCUGUUCUGGGACUGGCUCGGCCACCUCAGGCUCGCUGGUCUCCGGGUCCAAUGGGUGCGGCACGUCCGCCAGUGGCAGAGGGAGCAGCCACACCAGCAACAACAGCAGUAAAUACUUUGGCAGUGUCGACUCGUCACAGACCAGCCAGCAGGGGGCGACGGUGCACAACAAUGAGGUCGAAGACCCUGCGGGUGGAGCGCGCUUCAAAUGUGUACUACAGGACCCCCACUGGCUUCUCAUGGCCAACGUGGGUCAGGCUAUGAUGAUGACCUACCAGCUGCCCUCACGGGACACAGAGAAGGUGCUGAGGCAGGACCGAGAGAAACUGCAGCGCAUGCAAAAGAGCCAGCUGCGCUUCACUGAGGACCAGAAGAAAGAGCUGAUGGAGGUACAUCCAUGGAUGAAGAAAGGACGACUACCCAAAGCCAUCGAUGUGCAGGCCUGCAUGUGCUGUGAAGAAAUCGGUUCAGCCCUGAUCGAGGAGGAGCCCCCGGACCUGGAUUUGGGAGACACAAGUGACGGGCCCACCCAGAAGGGCAAUGAGGGCACCCCACUGGCCAGUGCCAGCCCAUUGGCCACUUGAGGCGCCCCCCCACCACCACAGAACUGCUCACCACCUCACUCUUCACUGCUGCAGGAAUCCAGCCAUGAGGACAUAACAGGCCCUCCCAUACCUGCACGACACUAUACCUCAAGCCUAAGUGAGGUGAACGUAAAACGUGGCCGUGUGAUAGAACAGGCACUUCAGCAAAACACAGAUUAUGCUGUUAGGCAAUGGGGAGAAGCGUGACAGCGGGCUGGCUCUCAAUAUGCUACCGGCACAUGCGGACGAUGACUGACCACCCCCCCACCCCCGUUUGAACUGUUUGCGGGAGUGGGGGGGAGCACCAGCUAGCAGGAUAGUGUCAGUUGUCUAGAAUAUGGUGAUCUAUAACAGAAUAUUAAUUUACCCAGAUUCAGCCUGUCAAAUUCCUCACUCUCUGGCCUUUGAGUUUUUCGUUAGAAGGAAAAAACGGAAACGUUUGUUGAGUUUGAACUGUCCGAAUCAACACAUGUGACCUGGCGUGAGUGAUCUGGUUAUUUUUAGUCACAUUUUCUACGUCGGGUGCAAAUAUUUUUCCAGAAACACAGCACCUCUAUGUCCUGAUAUGUGAGACUUUCUACUCUUUCUUGAGCUUUUAUUUAUCCAAAUAGAACAUUCAGGAACUGCAAAGCACACGUCAGUAAAAGGAGGAGGACUUUGUCUUCAGGCGGUUCAAGCAGAUAUAAACAAUAUAUAUUUUUAUAAAGAACUAAAUAAAAUUACACCCUGGAAAAAAAUACAAGACCUUUCAGCACCGUUGUCUGUGUUGUGUCGUCUUAAAUGUCUUCGCAUAAAGUGUAAUAUUGGAGGUUUAUGGGGACCAGCCUUAUUUUAAGGAGUUUCAGAGAACCCAGAAUCAACCAUUACAGUCCGGAAAAAAAUGGCCAAAGUGGUAUCAUAGUAUCUUAUCCUGAUCCUCUCCUUUAACAGCUAGUCCCUACUUAGGGAUAAGGUGAAUAUCCAUUGAAAAGUGGCAUCCAGUUAAGAGGCUGUCUUCCCAUGACUCUUAAUCCAUGAUUGGAUACUUCUACUGGAAAGCCUUUUGUGCCAUUGUACUUAAUUUUGCUUGUUUCAUUCCCAGCAUUUUCUAAGGUAGUUUACCCGUCCCGUCCCCCAUGACUCGCUCUGUAAUGGUGUGGAGUGUAUUUAAAAGAAGCUUUGUGUACAUUUAUUGUUCUAUGUUGUCAAUACAAAGACACACAACAGUGAAACAUCACCUUAAAUGGAUUUCUGUCUAACUGCACAUUUUAAAACAGACAUUUUGGUGAUUAUUUACUUGUAUUUGUUUUUUAUUGUUUGAUAGAGAAUGGGGAUGUUUCUUGUUAUUUUAAAGACAGAUUGUCAUGAGAUGUAAAUAUUCUUCAUAAGCAAGAACUGUAAUUAAACUUAUUUUAAAUAUGUA